AAAUAUGUGGACUCCUACGCCAAAGAGAAAGUGAUUUCUAUGCUGUUAUGAUUGAUGACGUCGCCCUGCUUGUGUGUUUGCAUAGCGUCUAUGGUUUUGCCUGCAUGAUAUCCCGCUAUUAUUCGUUGACACGAACAUGUAAUAUUAUUGUUAUAACCCAAUGUCUCUUUUGCUUUUUCUCAAUACGAGAGCAGAUCAGCAUCGCUUAUGCUGACAGUAGAACGAGGCUUGCUUACAGUGUCCCUCUUUUCUAUGCCAUGCCCCUCGACAGAUUGUCAACUUUUUAUUCCCCUCCUCCUCUUAUCCUUCUAUGUCUCACUCUCUUCCUUUCCCCCGGUUUUCACAUUCCCAAAGCCUAAAAGUCUAGCUUGGCCACAGUUACAAUAUGAGAGGACACCGACAGGACUCCAUCUCCCUGCUUAGUCUUGUUAUGACUCUCACUUUCACUCUCCUUAUCUUUCCACCCUUGGCUACCACCGACUGCUUUUACCCAAACGGAGACCCGGGGGGAUCCGAAUACAAAAAAUGUGACUACAACAGCACCGGCAACGCCAACAUCAAUAUGUGCUGUGCCACAAACCGCAACGGCUCCAAUAAUCAGACCAAUGAUACAUGCCUUGACAAUGGGCUUUGUUUAAAUAUUCAAGAUUCCACAUAUCCGGAUGGGUCCCUUAAUAGGUAUACAUCAUAUUGGCGUUCACUGUGCUCGACAAAAGCAUGGGGUGACGGGUGCUUGAAAAUUUGUACAAAACCCUCGAACGAUGGAGAUGAAAGUAAACACAUCCAAAUGACCUCCUGCAAUCAGCAACCGAACUCAUCAUACUGGUGCUGUGGUACAGACAACACGGACUGUUGCGGUACCAGCGACGCAAUCCCCAUUGCCGCCACGUUCGGUGAUCCACUGCCGCCCGUACUUAGCCCUGGUCUCUCGAAUGGAGCAAAGGCGGGAAUCGGCGUGGGUGUCGCCGUGGGCGUUAUCGCCAUUAUAGCAGCCGGGGUUGCAUUUUGGUAUAUACGGCGAAGACGGAGGAAUGCUGCUGCUGCUAACGAUAAUGUCAAUACUAAUACCGAUAUGGCGGUGGUGGGAUCCGCAGUAGAAGUACCAGCGCCUCCAUACCAGGCGCACACUACGGUGCAGUCACCCCAGGAGUUGGAGGGGAAUGGCCUUGGAAAUAGGGCUAGGAAGCCAGCUGGGACGGGGGACGUGAGGCAUGAAUUGCCUGGAGAGUCGGCAGGUGGUGGACACAGUGCACAUUGAUGAUUUUAUGGAUGAUGACGAUUACAAUUUUAAUGAGUUGGAUAUAAUCUCUAUAUGAUAAUAAAAGUCGACAUUAACUGUGUAUAA